GUCCGUCAGGGGCCUCUUUGCUUUGUUCUAUUUCCCCUCCAAGGUGUCCGAGACGACCGAUUUCAUGAUUCAGCCUUUGGAAGCCUGGCAGAAGAUGAGUGCAUCUGAUUUGUCCAAUCUGACCCUUCGGCUGGAGGGGUCCCUGACCAGUGCAUUGGGUCAUUACCUGGACAACUGGAGGCGUAACAUGACAGCUGCAGCCAACGCUUUGGACAAAACUCUGGCUGAGGAGAACUUUCAGAACGUCAUCUGGUAUCUAGUGGUGAUGAUUGGCAUGUUUGCCUUCAUUGUUGUAGCCAUGCUGGUGAGCACAGUGAAAUCCAAGAGGAGAGAGCACUCCAAUGACCCCUACCACCAAUACAUCAAGGAGGACUGGACCGCUCAGAUACAACAAGGCGAUGUUAUCACCAACUUUGGAGCUGGAUGAUUCAAGCAAAGAGCCUCAACAGAGCGUCCGGUUUUCACAAGCGAAUCAGUUAGUAAAUCGUUCUCACGGUCAAAACUUUUUUUAUUUCAUAUGAUACGAUUUAUUAGAUAUUGUGUAUGUAACUAGUUGUUUAAGAUUUACUCCACUAACAGCCACAAUGCAUUAGAACAGUGGUACCCGACCUGUCACAGCCAUGUCAUAUGAAGUCAAGCAUCACGUCACGGACAAAUGUGUUUGUUUCAUCUGAUUUUUUGGAGAAUGUUAUCCAACAUGUAUUUAAUGGAAGCACGUGUUGUUCCAAUGGGUUGAUUGCAAAUCAUUGUGACCCUGAAAUAACAAAAUCAAAAAUGUUGGCUCGCUUUCACACUGUCAUGACUUUACAAAGCCAGAGCCAUUGUUAAUGUUAUUAGUGAAAACACUGGUCCU